GGAGUAUAUAGAGGAACACAGGGGUCUGUACAAGGACGUGAUGAUGGAGAAUCACCGGCCCCUCACAUCACUGGAUGGGCCCAGUAACAGAGAUACCCCAGAGAGAUGUCCCCGUCCUCUGUAUUCCCAGGACUGUACAGAGGAGAAUCACAGGAUCCCACAGGAGGAUCAGAGUGAAGAAUUAACUGAUGUAAAAACAGAAGAUAUUAAGAAAGCCGAGAAGAUGCUUGUGUCUUAUAAUAAGGCAGAAGAUAUAGAUGGAGAAGAAGAGACGUAUGUGACUGAUAUAAAGGCAGAAGUUAUAGAGGGAGAAGAAGAGACGUAUGUGACUGAUAUAAAGGCAGAAGUUAUAGAGGGAGAAGAAGAGACGUAUGUGACUGAUAUAAAGGCAGAAGAUAUAGAGGGAGAAGAAGAGACGUAUGUGACUGAUAUAAAGGCAGAAGUUAUAGAGGGAGAAGAAGAGACGUAUGUGACUGAUAUAAAGGCAGAAGAUAUAGAGGGAGAAGAAGAGACGUAUGUGACUGAUAUGAAGGCAGAAGAUACAGAGGGAGAAGAAGAGACGUAUGUGACUGAUAUGAAGACAGAAGAUAUAGAGGGAGAAGAGACGUAUGUGAGGGGUGAUCAGCAAUGUAAGGAGGAGGAGAUCCCUACAGAUAUCAGCACAGAUGGAUGCUAUACAUGGAAUACCUCGGAGGGACAUCUCGUUUGGUCUCCAGAUUUUAAAUUAGAAGAUAAGAACAUGACAAGAGGGUCUCCAGAAGAAGACUGCAUUACCUUAAAUAUACAUACAGCAUUUCACAGUGCAGAUAUAUCAUCUGAUCCAUCUAUUAUUGAGGAAUGUUCUCCUGGUAACUCACAUAUUGCUGUACUUAGUACAGUUUGUAGUGGUGACACAGUGAUUUCCUCUUCUAAAAGUGGGAAAUGUUUAACACAUAAACUAGCUGUUGUUGAACAUGAGAGAAGUCACACAGAUGAGAGGCCAUUUCCAUGUUCUGAGUGUGGAAAAUGUUUUAAACAGAAAUCAGAUCUUCGCAAACAUCAGAUGUGUCACACGGGUGAGAAACCAUUUCCAUGUUCUGAGUGUGGAAAAUGUUUUAAACAGAAAAAAGAUCUUCGCAAACAUCAGAUGUGUCACACAGUUGAGAAACCAUUUCCCUGUUCUGAGUGUGGAAAAUGUUUUAAACGGAAAUCAGAUCUUCACAUACAUCAGAUGUGUCACACAGGUGAGAAGCCAUUUCCAUGCUCUGAGUGUGGAAAAGGUUUUAUAAAGAAAUCAUUUCUUGUUGCACAUCAGAUGCGUCACACAGGUGAGAGGCCAUUUCCAUGUUCUGAGUGUGGGAAAUGUUUUGCAAACAAAUCAGAACUUAUACAACAUAACUUAAGUCACACAGGUGAGAAGCCAUUUCCAUGCUCUGAGUGUGGAAAAAGUUUUAUAAAGAAAUCAUUUCUUGUUGCACAUCAGAGAAGUCACACAGGUGAGAGGCCAUUUCCAUGUUCUGAGUGUGGGAAAUGUUUUGCAAACAGAUCACAACUUAUUCAACAUAACUUAAGUCACAGAGUUGAGAAACCAUUUCCAUGUUCUGAGUGUAGAAAAAGUUUUAUAAAGAAAUCAUUUCUUGUUGAACAUCAGAGAAGUCACACAGGUGAGAGGCCAUUUCCUUGUUCUAAGUGUGGAAAGUGUUUUACACGUAAAUCAGAACUGUUUAUACAUGAGAGAAGUCACACAGGUGAGAAACCAUUUUCAUGCUCUGAAUGUGGGAAAUCUUUUAUACAGAAAGCAGCUCUUGUUAUACAUCAGAUGCGUCACACAGGUGAGAAACCAUUUCCAUGCUCUGAGUGUGGGAAAUCUUUUAUACAGAAAGCAGCUCUUGUCAUACAUGAAAGAAGUCACACAGGUGAAAAACCAUUUCUAUGCUCUGAGUGUGGAAAAUGUUUUAAAUCUCAAUCUUCUCUUUUUACACACAUGAAAAUACACACAGGUGAGAAGAAGCCAUUUCCAUGAUCUGAGUGUGGGAAAUGUUUUGCACAGAAAGCAGCUUGUGUUAUACAUGAGAGAAGUCACACAGGUGAGAAGAAGCCAUUUCCAUGCUCUGAGUGUGGGAAAUGUUUUGCACAGAAAGCAGCUUGUGUUAUACAUGAGAGAAGUCACACAGGUGAUAAACCAUUGCCAUGAUCUGAGUGUGGGAAAUGUUUUACAUAUAAAUCAGAUCUUAUUAGACAUCAGAGGCAUCACACAGGUGAGAAGUCAUUUCUAUUCUCUGAGUAUAUAUAGAAGUAUGUGGCAGGAUAUAAUGGUGUCUGAGAUCGCGAGACGCAUGGGACACCGGAUGAUCUCUGACAUUUUUUUAAAGGUGCAAUCAUUUACAAGGCAUGCUUAAAAAAAUCAUCCAAGAUCAGUCAGUAUUCUGCACGUCCGGCAAUCCUGGCCUCUAUUACAUGCCGCCCCGGAAGUCCAGAAUGAAAAGGUCACAGCUGAGUGUCCUCGAGUUGGUAGACUCUAGACUGGGUUGUAAUAAUAUUCUAUAUAUAAGAAAUCUGCAUUAAUAAUAAAUCUAUAAUAUUUGUGUA